UUUAAAUUCAGCUAAAGUACAGUAUCUUUUGCCAACACAAUGGAACACAAGAAGAGAGUCUGGCACAAGCUGAAGAUAGGGAAGAAGGGCCUUGGGAAGAAGAAGAAGACUCCUUUGAAACACAGGAGGAGUAUGUCAGUACCAGACCUCAGGUUAACUCCGCACAAGGUUUCUGCUUUGGAGGAUGAUACCAGGACACCUGAUCAAGACAUCUUUGGAAACCUGAUGGCUCUUGAUAAUAGAGAUGAAAUAAAUGAAACCUUCAGUGUUGCCUUUUCUGAUCAGUUUACGGUCACUGACACACCAUACUCAUACAGCCCAGCACCAUCAGAGAGAUCAAUGCCUGCAGACUUUCCCGUUUCAGCCAAGACCACAAUGGAUAAAAACUUAUACCAGCCAAGACCCUCCACAUGGUACAUAGAGGAUUUAGAAGCAGUAACUUCACCUCUGUCUAAAACUCCUGCACCUACAAAAUGGGCCUCUGUGCCAGCAGAGAGAACACCACCUGCUCUCAGACAAAAAGAUCCCAAAGUGGUUGCAGCCCUUAAUAGAGCCAUUGCAGGAAGACAAAUGCCUACUGCCCAUGUCUCAGAGAGUGAAAUGUCUGCAAUGGCCUCCACAGAGUUAGUCAGCACUACUUCUGAGAAGCAGGUUUGGCACAGUGACCAAGAGUCAUCUCCAUUGGAAAUGUUCAUUAUCGGGUCGGCUGAAGACAUGGAAGAGGACAUUCCGAAUGAAACCAGUGACUUCGAUACUCUUUCCCUUCAAGAACAAGAACAGAACAUAAUCUCAGGGGGAUUAAAUGACUGUCAGAUUGCCCUAGCACAGCAGAAAGUCCAGUAUCUCCUCACUAUCAACCUAAAAGAAGGCAGGAACCUGGUUGUCAGAGACCGCUCAGGUACAAGUGACCCGUUUGUCAAAUUCAAAUUAGAUGGCAAAAACAUCUACAAAAGCAAAGUUGUGAACAAGAAUCUGAACCCCACCUGGAAUGAAUCAUUUUCCUUUCCCAUCAGAGACCUUGAUCAGACUGUUCAUGUCAAGGUGUACGAUCGUGACAUAAGAUCCAAUGACUUCAUGGGGUCAAGCAGCUUUGCUCUAUAUAAACUGGAGUUGGACAAAACGAUUCCAUUUACACUGUGUUUGGAGGAUCCAAACAGUGUAGAGGACGAUAUGGGAGUGAUCAUUAUAGAGGCCUCUCUGUCCAUACGAGAAGAACCUGCCAAACGAAAUAAGUGGAUACUGAGGAGAAAGGGAAGCUUCAAUAAGGGUCAGCCAAUAAACCAGGCACAUGCUGCACGACUCGUGGGAGGACAGAAGAAUCAGGUGUGGAGUGGGGUUUAUUCCGUCAUCCUGGUCGAAGGCCAAGAUAUGCCUGACUGUGGUCAGGGAGACAUCUAUGUACGCUUUAGAGUGGGAGACCAGAAAGUCAGGAGCAAGAAUCUCUGUAUUAAGGCAAACCCGCAGUGGAAAGAGUCUUUCGACUUUAACCAGUUCCAAGAUGCGCAGGAGAGUUUGGUGGUUGAAGUUUGUUGCAAGAAGGGCAGGAAGUCAGAGGAGUGCUGGGGAGUGCUGGAUAUCGACUUGACGAAGAUUCCUGUCAAUCAGAGGCAGUUAUAUACUCGUGUGCUGGACCCAGGGAAGGGCCGACUGGUUUUCUUGGUCACACUGACCCCCUGUUCUGGUGCAUCCAUCUCAGACAUGCAGUCCGCUCCAUUAGAGAAUCCCAGGACCUAUAAGAGGAUGCUAAAACAAUAUAGUCUGAGCAAAUCUCUGGGAGACUUGAAGGAUGUCGGCUAUCUUCAAAUCAAGUUAAUUAAGGCCACAGAUCUUUCAUCAACAGAUAUAAGUGGUAAAAGUGACCCCUUCUGUACGCUUGAGCUUGGUAAUAGCAAACUGCAAACCCAGACAAUAUCCAAAACUCUGAACCCUGAGUGGAGGACAGCCCUGACAUUCCCCAUUAAGGACAUGCAUGAUAUCUUGGUGGUGACAGUCUAUCAUGAUGAUGGGGACAAAGCUCCAGACUUCUUGGGGAAAGUUGCCAUUCCUUUGCUGAGUGUUUCGAAUGGCCAACAAAUAACCAGAAUGUUGAAGAAUAAUAAUUUAUCCAGGGCAGCUAAAGGAAGCAUCACACUGGAGCUGGAUGUGAUCUACAACCCUAUCAGAGCAAGCGUCAAAACAUUCCAACCUAAAGAAACAAAGUUUGCAGAGGACAACCCAAAGUUUAACAAAAAGCUUUUAGCACGUAAUAUCUAUAGAGUGAGGAAGAUCAGCAUGGCCAUCCUCUAUACGCUGCAGUAUAUUAAAAGCUGCUUCCAGUGGGAGAACACACAGAGGAGUAUUACAGCUUUCCUGGUUGCCCAGGCAGCGCCUGUUCCAGGAACGCAUUCCCACCCCAGUGCUGGAAAUCCCAGAGGUCCUCGUGGUGGCGUACUGACUCGCCUCAAUCUGGGAGGCGGAGAAUGAAUCUCAGUUACUUCCACGUCUGAGACCGUCAAUCCGCGCAUCUUAUCACGUGGCUUGUUGAGCACAUUACCACGGAGACCUAGCGUGUGUGGAGGCUUCACACUAUUCUUCAUGGCAUCCACACACAACUCACCACGCGCCCCACCGAGAGCGAGAACCACAUUAUGGAGACCAUGAGGAGGUUAACCAACGUGACUCUACCCACCCUUUCACAUUCUUAAAAUAAAGUAGUGAUCCUAACUGACCUAAGACAGGGAAUGUUUUCUACGAUUAAAUGUCAGGAACUGUGAAAAACUGUAUUUGGCUAAGGCGUAUGUAAACUUCUGACUUCAACUGUAUAAGCUAUAUCACACAAGCAAGAGUGCGAUAUGGCCCCACAUCAGCACUGCUGUGAUUCGUAGGUGCCAUAGGUAAUCACAGCAGUGCUGAUUUAGGGCCAUAUAGCACGAUUGUGAGUGUGAUAUUGCUUAUAUACAACAGUUCAAUGAACAAGUAAAUAAAAAAUAAAAAAAAAGAUAAAACUUUGAGAAUCUGCCGUUGCUAGUUCAAACCAAAUGAUGCGUCCAAGCCUUCGUUAGUAAUUCAAAAAUGUAACUUUAGAAAUAGUAUCACGGCUUGGGCUGUUUCUAACAAGUUAUUAGAGAAACAAGGGUGUGUGUGUGUGUGUGUGUGUGUGUGUGUGUGUGUGUGUGAGAGAGAGAGAGAGAGAGAGAGAUGGAGUGUGUGCGUUCACCUGUCUCUCCAAAGCAGAGAUGCUGUAGUGUCUUAGUCAGCUUUCUGAAGAUGUCAUUUUGGUAAAAUUCAUCCAAUUUUCUCAGUGGAAAAAUAGCUGUCCAAUCAGGGGUAUUCCUCCCUAUUUUGCGGUAGCCGGUGCACAAGAGUCAUACAGUAUAGAAACUGCAAUCUCCUCCACCAUUUUGAACAGUAUGUCGUCUCCAAUGUGGAAACUCUGGUAAGAGGUAAACGCCUUGAGUUUGUGUAAUUAAUCAGUCUGUUGUGUCUGUCAGCUGUGAUGAGCCUUUAUGCUGAAGUUGUAAGUUUAAAGCCAUUUAAAGCUAUUUCCUAGCUUUAGUAGUGUAGUAGUAAUACAGUCGAUCACAGAGUGCUGAUGAAUAAAAACACUGAUGCCGACUUCACGUCACCUGUCUCAUGUUACACACAAAAAUGGUCCUUUGCUUCCACCUGCUGGCUAAAAUAUGUAAUGUCACAAAAUUAAAUGUAAAGAAACAGAUAGCUCUUAACACAUCUGCACUGCUCUUACACUUUAGUUUAGAAAGGCACGAACACAAACAGUAAAGCGUCCAAGUGCUUAUGGUGUGAAACCAUCAGUACUAGAACGUCUCUCGUCCAUCAGUGAAUUAAAGUACCAAUUAUAUAUAUAUAUAUAUAUAUAUAUAUAUAAUUGGUACUUUAAUUCAUUAAAGUGGCAUUCAACUACUCACAAAGUAUAGUCAGGACAUUACUAAUGUAAAAAACAGCAGCAUCACUAUUUGAAAAAGUAAUUUUUGAUCAAAUCUAGACAGGCCCCAUUUCCAGCAGCCAUCACUCCAACACCUUAUCCUUGAGUAAUCAUGCUAAAUUGCUAAUUUGGUACACAAAAUCACUUGCCAUUAUAUCAAACACAGCUGAAAGCUAUUUGGUUUGUUAAAUGAAGCUUAACAUUGUCUUUGUGUUUGUUUUUGAGUUGCCACAGUAUGCAAUAGACUGGCAUGUCUUAAGGUCAAUAUUAGGUAAAAAAUGUCAAAAAAGAAACCGCUUUCUCUAGAAACUUGUCAGUCAAUCAUUGUUUUGAGAUUUUAUACAAAGGUGUACACUACAGUCUUCAAAGACAAAGGACAACUGGCUCUAACAAGGACAGAAAGAGAUGUGGAAGGCCAGAUGUACAACUAAACAAAAGGAUAAGUAAAUCAGAGUCUCUAGUUUGAGAAAUAGAUGCCUCACAUAUCCACAUAUUGAAUUCUACCCGCUCAACACCAGUAACGAGAAGACUCGGGUGCACGCCUUAUGGGAAGAAUAGGACAACAGAUAAUUGGAGAAGAGUGUUAUGGAUCUUAACCCCACUGAGCUUCUUUGGGAUCAGCUAGACUGUAAGGUGCGUGAGAAGUGCCCGACAAGACAGUCACAUCUACGGCAAGUGCUAUAGGAAGCGUGGGAUGAAAUGCCACCUGAAUAUCUGGACAAACUGACAGCUAGAAUGCCAAGGAUCUGCAAAGCUGUCAUUGCUGCACGUGGAGGAUUUUUUGAUGAGAACUCUUUGAAGUAGUUAUUAAUGUCCUGACUAUACACUGUGACCAGUUGAAUGCCACUUUGGUGAAUAAAAGUACCAAUUUCUUUCCAUAAGAGCUAAAUCUGUACAUUAUUCCAAACUUUUGGCCACUAGUGUAUAUAUAAAGUAUUUAUACAUCACAGUAGUACUCUCUUGGUACUGAUUUUUAUUAUCAACAUAUAAUUUCAUAUAUGUAUUAUUAUUAUUAUUAUUUUAUUGAUUUGGGGUUAAAUAUGACCAGGACAUUUUCUUGACAGGUUUUGUUAAAAUCACCCUGUUAUAUGAAGAAGCACUCCAUGAACUAUGCAAAUGCUUUAUGAACUACACUGUAUAUUAAGUCAACUCUCUAAACUGGUCUUUACAUAUGUUUGUGGCACUUUCUUAGUUAAAGGGUGUUUUUGUACAGGGGCAUUAUGCAUUAUUCAGCAAGCUGAAACACAAAAGUCAAAAGUGGCGAGCUUUUGUUUCUUAUUGCGUAAUCUUCCCUAUACAUGGUUCUUUGAAGUUUUCGUUCACAUGCACCAAAGGCACUGUUUGUAAGAACCACCACUCUCAUUAGGGGAAUCUUCAUAUGCAUUUAAGGAGAAACUCAUGAUAUAUCUUCCGAAACCGUGAGCAGCUGUGCUCUCGUAACUUGCCCGAGAGCUUACAUAUUUGGGUAUUUUUUAUUGCCUGUUUAUGCAGUAAUGAGGCCAGAAACAGCACUUACAAAGUCUGACAACUGCAGUGAGUCCGAGAGAAGGGCUGUGAUAGAUAAAAUCUUUAUAAAAUAUCACCUUUUACAUGUGGCUUGCACUUAGACGGAGAAACAUGAAUGUGGCAUACAUCAGUGGAGACUUCCGAAGGGGUCACACAGAGUUCUUUGCUGCAUGUUUCGCUCCAACCUGUAGAUGGAGCUAUAGCACUGUCGAAACACAAAUAUAUACGCACGAAGAGACCGUGGACAAGAACAGGUAUUUGUUGAGAGAAGAAGCAUUAAGCUAAAGGAAUUUCUUACACUACAUUACACAGAGCAAA